AUGAACAGCUUUGACUACGGCCCGCCGAAUGGCUUUACGCUGCGGCGAAACUCCACUUGUUCUGCAAACGAGCAUAACUGCACCUACAAUCCCUGGGGAGGCAAUGAGUGGCAUAAUUGCUGUCCGCAGGACUCUUACUGCGUCGACGGCGACAACUAUAUUUGUUGUCCGACUGAAUCAGGGUGCAGAAUUAAUCUCACGCAAGAUCCGCACUGCGCAAAUAAUGAGACAUGGGACCUGUGGAUCAACUACUUAAACGAUGGCAAAGAUGAACAUUACUUCUGCUGUCCGCCUGGCCAAGUUGGUUUCUUACAGACCUUGGGCGAAGAUAAUAGUGGUGUCGGGUGUGCGGAUCCCCCCCUGACUGGGAGCGAUCAAAAAUCACUGUCUCUUGUGGCGAGUGGUACCCCGAGCGCAUCGCGAACACCCUCCACGACAUCCACACCCACAGGAACACCCACAGAAACACCAGCCGAGACAACAGUCGAGACAGACGUGGAUACAGCACCCUCAUCAGGAUCUAGCAACAAAGGGGCCAUUGCUGGCGGCGUUGUCGGUGGGUGUGCUGGACUCGCUCUUAUAAUUGCGCUGGUUUGGUUCCUACUAUAUCGUCGGCGGAAACAGGCCGGGCCUACAGUAAGCCCUGGUGCUAGCACGCCAGCUGAGAAAUUCAAUAGUGACCCCAAGGAGCUACCUGAUAGUCCUGCUAGGGCUGAGCUGCCUAGCCCUGGUGCAAUGGCCCAUGAGCUGCCCGCAAAUGAACGCUAA